AUGUUCAGACAAGUUUUGAGAAAAUACUCUACUCUACCACCACACGCUUUGGAACCAGCCUUUGGCGGACCAAACAAGGCUGCUGCACAAGCCUUCAAGCAAUCCUUGGAAGCUACUCAACACCAUGCUAAGGAAACCUCUGGUUUGUGGUACAAGAUCAGUCUCUUUGUUGCUUUGCCAGCAAUCGCCCUAGCCACUGUCAACACCUACAUGAUUGAAAAGGAACAUUACGAUCACCGUCAACAUUUGAAGCAUGUUCCAGAUUCCGAAUGGCCAAGAGACUACGAAUAUCAAAACAUUAGAGUUAAGCCAUUCUUCUGGGGUGAUGGUGACAAGACUUUGUUCUGGAACCCAAUUGUCAACAGACACAUUGAGCAUGAAGAUUAA